AUGAACGGAUCCGACGACGGCCCCAUCAACCUCGCUUCAGCCCACUCUCUAGUUCCGGAUCCAGAAGAAAAGGUUCUGGGAGUAGUGUGGAACACUCACUCGGAUACCCUCAGGUUCAAAGUGGCCAACCACUGCAAUAGCAACUUUACCCGCUUGGAAGUCGUUAGCCGUGUGGCUAGUGUAUUCGAUCCUCUGGGUACCGCCUCCCCACUUAUCGUCAAGGCCAAGAUUCGGCUGAGGGAGCUCGGCACCAAAGGUUUGAAAUGGACAGAUGCUGUAGUUGGUGAUGACCGAUGUUGGUGGCAAGAAUGGUUCCAGGCGCUUCUGUUAUUGCGUAGAGUGGAAACUCCUAGAUGCUUGUUUCCAGACGGUGCUGCCCUGACCUCUUCGGAAAUGCAUAUCUUCUGUGACGCUUCCGAAGAAGCGUAUGCUGCCGUAGUAUACGCAGCCAACAAAUUAGCCCCGAAGAAAAGCAUAUCGAUACCAAAAUUAGAGUUGAACGCAGCUCUCCUUGGAGCCCGGCUCGCGGUGACUAUCGGAACUUCACUCCCAGUCAAGAUAAUUCGUCGUCGAUUUUGGACAGACAGCAGCACGGUCCGUAAUUGGAUCAGGGCCACCGCUGCUUAUUAUCAAGUAUUCGUCAGCAAUAGGAUCGGUGAAAUCCAAACACUCACCGAAUCAGACAAAUGGCGGUUCGUGCCGGGCGUUUUGAACCCAGCCGAUGCUGCAACUCGGUCUACUUUAGAAGGAGACGUCUUCCCCUCAACAUGGUUGUACGGCCCCGAUUUUCUUUUGCAACCAGAAGUGGAAUGGCCUCCGGACCUACCAUGGAUGGCCAUCAAGGAGGAAAUGCGAUCAGCCCGAACAUUUUCAUCCGUCCAGGCGGCAAAAAUGGAUUGGUCGGAGGUCCAAGUUUCCGCUGCAGACGUCCCGUUACUAUGUAGAAUGAAUGAGAGGUUCCGAGAUCUCAUACAAUGGUGUCAAAUGGAAUCAUUUGCUGAAGAGUUGGAUCGACUCCGGAAGAAGAAACCGCUCCGCUCCAACUCCUCGCUUUUGUCUCUGGCGCCGAUUCUCGGUUAUGACGGUAUUCUCCGUCUAGGCGGUCGGGCCGGUCGGGUGCGACUACCGUACGAUCAACUUCACCCACCCUUUCUACCUGGUCAGCAUCCAUUGGCUGAGAAAAUCGUACGGGCUUUCCACGAGAAGCUUAAUCAUGUGGGUACCUAUUUCCAACUCUGCUACGUACGCCAAGAUUUUUGGGUGACCAGAGGGAGAGAAUUAGUGAAGCGAAUCCAUCGUGAAUGUGGUGUCUGUCGACGCAGCCGCGCUUAG